AUGCGAGAGGGAGAGACGGAUGGAGAGAGAGAGCGUAAAAUUCAGAAACAGAUAAGGACAGAAGAUGAUACAGACUGUAAAGUAGUGUUGUUUUUUUCUGUUCCCUAUGAAUUAUGUCCCUCUGUGCUCCCUGUAGUGUCUCUGCCGUCUCCAGACAGUUACCUGACAGGUGUGCCUCUGAUGUCCGCCGUGUACGCAAAGACCCAGCUCCGCCCCCUCCCCAUCGCCCCGGCAACCGGCCAACUCAGGGUGGAGAUGCUGCUCUUCCCCGGGCUGUGGUUCAGCCACGCUGGCCAGGUGGAGUCUGUGGAGCUGGUGGUCCAGCCCAGCCAGGUGUGGUCCCUGGCCAGGGUCCACAUCCUCAGGCCUUACUGCAGGCCCAGCCACCACCUGGUGCCCCCAGGGUGUGGCUCCCUCCUCAACCCCUUCAGUGUGUGUUCCUCCGUGCCCCUGUGCAACACCACCGUGGGCUGUGCCCGGGGACGGUACUGGUGCCACCUGCAGGAGGCCUGUGUGCCCGUCACCAGCCCCUGCAGCCCCUACCAGUCCCUUGCCUCCCCCGGGGGCCACAGGUACCCCCUGCCCCCCCGCUACCGCGCAGUACCGCCGCUGUACCACCAGGUGGCAGACCUGCCCCUCAGAGUGGAGCCCAGCGUAGAACAAACCCAGAUCAGUGUGGUUCUCCCGGAGAGAGAGAUCCUGGUGUUCCCUGACGACAUCUUGGCCGUACAAUCCACCCGCCCCCCCGGAACCUUCCUCCACUGCCGUACCAAUGGCUCCUCCCCCUGGCGUCAGAGCUACCUCUCCCUGAGGGGGAAGGAGUGGGGGGGAUGGUGGGAGGGAGGCCUCUGGUCCCCCCCUGAGGGGGGCGUGUGGGUGGACGGGCUGGAGUGUGACCUACGGAUGCUGUACGUGGACACACUGCACGGGCACGGCACCGUGCAGAACCAUCUCAGCGGCUUCACCCACGCCUCCAGCACCCCCAUCACCAGGGCCAUGACCCCCUCUCCUGCCCCAGCGCCGAGCCCCAUCUCUGGGCUUGGCUUCAUCCACCCCCGGCCUGACGCAGACCACCGGAUCCACAUCCUGGUCGACGUCCCCACGCUCGUCGUGGUUAAAAUCCUUUCCGGCGAGGGAGCCACCAGCUCCUGGUCUGCCCCCGUGCUCCAGACGGGGGUGAUCUUCCAGCCCGCCUGCCCAGAGGAGCUGCCUCGCAGCUGGGCUGGCUGUGAGCGGGAGCCCCCAGGCUCCUGGUUCUCCUGGGCCCUGCUGGUCCUGCCGUCUGUGGGGGAGAGGAGCGUGAGGGUGAAGGCGGUGAACGGGGUUAGCUCCCAGAGUGCAGGUGUGCAGGUGUGGGCGUACGAGCAGGUGGCAGGGCUGCACCUGGGGCCCAGCGGGAGGCUGAGGAUGCUGGUGGGCGUGUCACAGUUGUUCUCAGCCAUGGUGGAGAAAGGGUCUUCAGUGAGGUUCACCUGGGUGAUAGACGGCCUGGAGAACUUUGCCUAUGAAGGAGACUCCUACAGUGUGGUCUUCAAGAAGCCCUCUCAGUACAAGCUCACGGUGACAGCAGCCAAUCCUGUGAGCUCUGAGACCGUGGAGGUCAUCCUGACCGCUGAUGUCAUGACCCCGAUUGCCCAAUCAGAGUUUGUCUCCGUCAACGAGGUCAUCGCUGUUGCUGCCACACAUCUCUACAGCUUCCGCGUCAAAGUUGACAUCUCCCUAGGGGUCACCUUCAGGUGGGACUUUGGAGAUGGGCGUGGCCAGGUAAACCACACCCACCCUGCCCUGUAUGAGUCUAGGGGGGAGGAGCUUCUGAAGGGCGGAGUCAGACAGGUGUAUGUGCAGGACUCUGCUAGCCACGUCUACCUGCAGCCAGAUGACUACACAGUGAAGGUCCAUGUCUACAACAGCUAUGACAGCGUGGAAAGAGCCAUGACAGUUAAAGUCCGCCUUCCUCUGACCAGUCUGUCCAUCUCCCCCCUUCCCGCCAUCCCCCUCGUCAACCACUCGUUCCUUCUAGAAGCCUCCCCCGAACCUUCCGUCUAUGGAAUCCUGUACACUUGGAACUUCGACGACGGUUCCAAAGAAGUCCAGGGGUUCCGUGGCCAGGUUAGCCAUGUUGUGGCCAAGGCCGGAAGCUACAACGUGACUGUGAGUGCCAAUAACACCCUGACUGCCCUGACGUCCUGGGUAACGGUGACAGUGCUGGAAGCCGUGGCCGGACUCCGGCUGAGCUACAAAGGACCCAACGAGCUGAACUCUGCGACCGAAAUCCACGGGGAAGUAGCCUCCGGGUCGAAUCUUGUCUGGGUUUUUGACUUUGGCGACGGGUCAGGGGGGAAAGCCACCCCUGAUAGCUCUUCUUCCCACGUGUAUGAGUCAGCAGGGAACUACACAGCGACCGUGACAGUGUCCAACUCUGUCAGCCAGGCCAGUCAGUCCCUGCCAGUGGAAGUCUUCAGGUUGUCUGUCCGUGUGCUCCAGCCUGUGGGGUGUGUCAGGAGCGGGGAGGAGAUACCGCUCCAAGCUCAGGUGAACGGAGACGUGUCCUCGUUGGUUUUCCGCUGGAGUUUCGGUGACGGGUCGCCGUGGGCGAUCCAUGAGGGGAAUUCCACCGCUGCGCACAUUUACUCGAGCCCCGGGGUGUAUCGUGUCAACGUGACCAUCCUGAGCCCGGUUGGGUCGGCCUUUCUGGUCGCUGACGUUUGCACCCAAGCACCCAUACAAGACUUGACCGUUGGUCCGUUUCAAAGGGUCGUGGCCGUGGGAGAGGAAGUGUGUUUGAACGCGGUCGUUAACCCCAAACAAACAGCCGGUUACCAGUUCCUGUGGACGCUUUUCCCAAGUUUUGGAAAACCGUCCGUUUCAACCAACCUGUCGGUUAUCUACACUUUCACGGAAGCAGGUGACUAUGAAGUAUCUCUGAAUGUGUCCAACAUGGUGAGCUGGGAGGUUGUCUCUCACAGAGUCACUGUGCAGGAAGCUGUCCGAGGCCUGAGCCUAAACGUGAGCAGUUCCUCCGUCUGUACGGAAGACACUGUCGUCUUCACACCUGCCGUCUCCAAAGGAAGUGAUGUCACCUUCUCUUUAACGUUCCAGGAAAGCGGUUCGGUUAUCGAGUUCGUGGGGGGAGGAUUCGCAACCUCUGACCUCCCAGCCGGGGCCCACUCGGUGACUGCGAGAGCCUGGAACCAGGUGAGCAGAUCUCAGGUGGUUCAGACUGUGCAGGUGAUCGAGCGGAUCCAAGGUCUACGAUUGGUCAGCCCGAGUUCCGCUAUUUUGGAGGCUCUAAAAGAGGUCAAUUUUCAAGCAGAGGUCACGAGUGGAUCUCCGACCAACUACACCUGGAUGUUCCACCCCGCAGGGUCCCAACCAGAACAGGUCCAGGGACAGGAAGUGAUGUUCUCUUCACCCGGAAGUGGUUUGUUAUCCGUAGGUUUGGUGGCGGACAAUGGUGUCUGCGCCCAAACCGUGAACGAGAGCUUCACUGUUCAGCGUCCCGUUAGGGAGGUCAAACUAGAGUGUACGUCGACACAAAUGUUCACUGGAUAUCCGGUAACCUUCCUCGCGGCAGUAGACGGAGGCACCGAUCUGAGAUUUCAUUGGGACUUCGGAGAUGCAGAUGAAGUGGUCGUCACCGACACAAACACCGUCUCCCACGCGUAUCGUUCUGCCGCGCAGUACUCCGUCCAGCUCACGGCUUCCAACUCCAUCAGCCAGGUCUCCUCACGUCUGCGUGUGGAGGUGAGCGACCUCCAGUGCUCGCUCCCUGAAGUCUCCCUAGUCCAGACCCGCUCCACCAUCCCCAGGUCCAGAUAUGGCUACUUCGAAGCCAGCAUACACGCCAAAACCUGCACCACAUACAAGACCACCUACCAGUGGAAGGUGUAUGAAAGAUCCGACUGUGGAUCCAAAGACGUAAGGAAGUCGUCACCCCUCCAGGGGCGUCUGGUGACCCUCGGGGCGGGUGUGGACGUGACCUCCCCCUUUCUGUCCCUCCCCGGACGAACCCUGCAUGUAGGCCACUUCUGCCUGGUCUUCACCACCAGACUUCAGGGAACCCCACUGCAGUUGUCCAGGAGCACCAGCCUCUCUGUGGUUCACUCCCCUUUGGUGGCCGUCAUCAAGGGGGGCUCCCAGCGACUCUGGCCAGGCCACAGCGACCUGAUCCUGGACGGCUCUCUGUCCCAUGACCCUGACGUGGAGCCUGGAGGGGAGGAGGGGCUGGAGUAUCACUGGGGGUUCAUUUCUUGGAAAUCUAGCGAGCCUCCUGCUGGCCAGGAGUGGAACAGCAUGACCAGCAGGAUGACUGUGCCCAGCCGGGUCCUGCAGUCAGAUGUCUACCUCUUCACUCUGACCAUCAGCAAGAAGGGGAGAACAUCUGUCUCCACUACACAGUCUGUGUCUGUGAGCCAGGCCCAAGUACUUCCUGUGACGGUGGAGUGCGUUUCCUGUCGCCCUCUCUCCUCCCUGCGGGUCGGUGUUGGUCGCCCCGUCGUGCUGUCUGGAAGCUGUGAGCAGUGUGACGGCCGUGCUGAGUACCAAUGGACCGCCAUGGACCAGACCGGCUUGACCCUUGACCUGGACGAGGUCACUACCUCCACGGGGGGUCGGUCGCCUGACUUGGUGCUCCGUCCUGGUGUGCUCCGGGAGGGGCUGACCCUCACCCUGAACGUGACCCAGCCUGGAGGUGGGUACCCGGGCAGCGCCAGCCUCACCCUCAGCCCCUACACGCCCCCACGCGGAGGGCAGUGUAGUCUGACACCUGGGGCAGACAUGCGCCUGCUGGAGACUGUGGUCACCUACACCUGCUCAGGCUGGCAGGAUUCUGCACAGCUCAUAUACAGCCUCCAGGUGGCGCCAUGCCCGCCCAGCAAGCCUGCCUGCCCCCUGCUCACCCUCUACAGGGGAACCCAGUCCACGUUCCGAGCGCUGGUUCCCCUUGGCAACCCUGGGCCAGAGAAGCACCUGUCAAUCAUCUCCGUGAUCCUGCAGGUGGAGGACCACCUGGGGUCUAAAGUCACGGCCCUCAACAGGACUCUGUCUGUGCGGCGGCCAGGGCCGGGGGAGGUUGCCAGAGAAUGGCUGAAGAACAGGAGCCGAACAGAGCUGCAGUCGGCCCUCCAACAUGGCAACCCACAGGACCUCAUUCCCUACUGCAUCUCCCUGAGCGGCCUGCUGAACCAGAUGUCUCGUGAGGACAGGGGGGAGGAUCUCCAGGAGAGGAGGGAGAUCAGGGGGGAGGUGACACGAGCGCUGGCCUCUCUCCCUGUCUCCUCCCUCCAGCAGGCUGCUCUGGUCAGCUCCGCCCUGGCUCAGGCCACUGAGGUUCCGGGCGAGGCGUGCUGCCAGGAGAAGGUUCUAGAAGCGCUGGGGAGGAUGACCCAUGUGAUGGAACAGCACACGGAACCAGGAGACACCCUAGCCAUAGAAACAGGAAAGAACAUCCUCACCAUCCUAGGAAGUUAUUUAGCUUCCAGCCCCGCCUCCUUGGCCUCCAGCUCCUCCUCCCAGUCUUUUAGCUCCACCUCCCUGGCUUCCAGCCCCGCCUCCCCAUCCUCUAGCCCCGCCUCCCCAUCUUCUAGCCCCUCCUCCCCGUCCUCCCCCUCCAGGACUGCAGUGUGUGCUCUCUCCCUUGCGGGGGCACUCAUGCGCUCCCUGAUGCGCCGGCGUUCCCCGGGCGAGGAGCCCCUCGCCCUCUCCACCCCUCGGAUCGACACCCUCGGUUUCCGCGGCGACCCCUCCCGGCUCCUGUGCACCGAUGACAACAACCCCCGCCGGUCGAACCAGUCCGACCAAUCGCAACCGGCUUCCCGGUCGACGUCGUCCAAUGAGGAGCAGCGAUCCUCCUCCCCCCCCCCCUCUCCUCCCUGCCAGUUCCUCAUCCCCGUCUCCCUCGGUGACCAGUUGAGGAAGCGGGGGUCGGAGGUGGUCCAGAUCGUCCUCAGCAUCGAGGGGGGCGGCUGGACCCCCCUCCUCACCCCCGCCAGCCCCCCAAUCUCCACCAAGAUGGCCGCCAUGGAGUUCACCACCCCACAGGGCCAGCCCAUACCCAUCCAGGACCUGGACCCUGAUAGGGCCAUACGAGUCACCCUGGACAACACACGACCAAUGGGUGUGGGUGGGGCUAGGCCUGGGAUGGGUCACAUGGGGGUGGCUGGGAGGGUUGGGGGAGGGGGUGGGGAGGAGGGGAUGCCCCCAGGGCUGAAUGUAACCCUUUUGACCAACGGGUGGGUGAACUUCACGGUGAAGGCUGGGGAUUGGCUGAAGCCAAACGCUGGACUGUUCAUCACCUUCAACUUCAGCCUGCUUCCAGGAGCUGCUGUGCGUUGCUCUGGAGAGGUGAGGAUCCUUGUGACCUCCCAGGGUGGUCCUCCUACAUCCCAGAAUGCCCUGCUCCGAGAGAUCAGCCUCUUCUUCUCCAACGCGUCAGAUUCCCUGGAGGAAACGGUCUUCCUCUCCCCACUUCUGAACUCCUCAGCCCAGCCUCUCUCCAUCGGCCUCUACUCCUCCCUGACCCCCGAGGCUGUCCAGGCCUCCGCCUGGGUCUUCAGCUCCCUCUGCCAGUACUACAGCCUGGAGGAGGGGCGCUGGAGCAGUGCCGGCCUCCAGCCACUGGGGGGCAGCAGCCUCCGCACGGCCAGCUGCCUCACCCAGCACCUCACCCUGUUUGGGGCCAGCGUGUUCAUCCACCCGGAGGCCCUGGUGCUACUGCCGCCGGAGGGCUGGCCGGUGCGUAACGUGCUGGUGGGGGUCGUGUGUGCUGUCGUGGUGGGGGUCCACCUGCUGCUGGGCCAGGCAGCCCACAGGAUGGACCUGCUGGAGAGGCUGAGGCUGUCCCAGGGGGGGCUCUGUGGGCCCCCCGGCCCCCACCACUACUGGGUCCUGGUCAAGACCGGCUGGAGGCGCGGAGCAGGGACGACAGCUCACGUAGGGAUCAGCCUGCACGGUGUGUCCCAGAGCGGAGGUCGUCACCUGGGGAGGCCGGGGGCGUUCCAGCGCAGCAGCCUCGACCUGUUCCACCUGCAGACGCACCGCUACCUGGGGGAGGUGUGGAAGAUACGCCUCUGGCACGACAACACGGGCCUGGACCCCUCCUGGUACGUGCAGCAUGUGGUGGUUCUGGACCCCCAGUCUGACCGUCUGUUCUACUUCCUGGUGGACGGCUGGCUCUCUGUGGACCAGAGGAGCCCAGCGCUGGAGAGGGAGGUGCUGGCCUCCUGUCCAAAGGAUCUCUCUCAGUUCCGGCGUGUUCUCUCCUCCCAGCUAAUCUACGGUCUGACUGAGCGCCACCUGUGGCUGUCGCUAUGGGAACGCCCCGCCCACAGCCGUUUCACGCGAGGCCAGCGGGUGACAUGCUGCGCCCUGCUGCUGCACCUGUACCUGGGCCUGGGGGCGCUGUGGUACGGGGCCACGGGCACGCACGGACACAGUGGCCCCGUUUCGUUCCGCAUGCUCGUUACCUGGGAGACGGUUGCCGUGGGGAUGGUGAUCGCUGUGAUGGUGUUUCCUCUGCAGUGUCUCCUCUGCUUCCUGUUCAGGAAGACCCGCACUCAGGUGCCGGUGGACAUCUCCACGCCUCCCUCUCCUGUCUGCCAAUCAGUGGAAAUGGACGUUUAUCUUGGCCAGUCAGAAGAGGGUGUCCCGUCCUUCCUGUGUGAGGCGGAGUCUGAGGUUUCUGGAAAGGCGACUCCCUCCUCUCUGGACCCCUGGGGGGGCGGAGGAGAACAGGAUGGAGGGAUGGUGAUGUGGCCCUCCUGUGACAGCCUCCUUGACCUCCCAGCAUGCAUCUGGGGCCUGACCUCUGACCCCUGUGGAGGAGAGGCCCUGGAGGUUGUCCCGGCUCGCGUGCUGAAGAGGAAGAAGGCACUGAUGAAGCUCCGCCUGGCGCCCGCCUCCUCCCUCCCCUCCCCCUCCUCCCUCUCUGCUCUCACCUCCCCCUUCCAGCCGUCUUCUCAGGUGUCUCUGGGACAGAAUCACACCCUCACUCUGUCUGAGGAGAGUCUGCUGAGGUCCAUAGCUGCAGACGUGGACCCAGACGCCCGCCCCCCCUCCUCCUCUUCCUCCCCCUUGGACAGCGGUCGAUUCUCUCCUCGGACCUCCUCCCUCACUAAGACUUGGAGUUGUGGUUCGUGGGGUAGCGGCUGGUCAGAGCUGAGCGUGGACAAGCCUGCGUACGGAGAGGACAUCCACAAGACCUCCUCCCCUUGCCCCUCCCUCUCCUCCUCCUGCCCCUCCCCCUCUGCGUACUCCAUGGCCAGCACUGGCAUCCCAAGCCCUUCCCUCUCCUCCCCAAGCCCCUCCCCUGACUCCACCCCUGCACACUCCCCCACACGCAUAGGUGUGUGUCGUGGUGACCCAGGCCUGGAGCUCCCUCCCUGGGCGCUGCGGGUGCUGUACCCCCUGGUGGCGCUGGUGCUGGGAGCCUGCCUGGGGCUGGUGGGGCUGUACGGAGCCAGCUUCCCCAGCAGGGUGCUUCUGAUGUGGCUGCUGUCGGCCGGCUCGGCCCUCCUCACCUCCGCUCUGCUUCUGGAGACGCUCAAGGUGUGUGUGCAGGCGGUGUGGGUGGCGGUGGUGUGGAGGCCAGUCGACCCAGAGGUGGACGAGCGUCUGGCCCAGGAGAGCUGUGUGACCCGGCAGGGGGGCCCGGAGGGGGGCCUGGAGGGGGGCCUGGAGGGGGGCGGGGAGGGGGGCAAGGUGCGCCCCCCCUGUGGGUUUGGUCUGCUGCAGGCCAUGGAAGAGGCCAGGAAGGUGCGCGCUCUGCAUGCGCUCAUCAAGAGCUGUGUGGGCCACCUGCUGUUCCUGCUGCUGGUGUUGAUGGUGAACUACCAGGCCUGUGUGGAGGAGAGCCAGGGGCGGAGGCUACGCUCCUCGCUCACACACUCCCUGCUGCACACACACAACCUCUCCUCUGUCACCGGGUUGGGGGAGGCGUGGCUGUGGCUGGACCACGCCCUGUACGAGGACCCCGCCCUCCGCCUGGUGGGGUUGCCGCGGUUACGGCGCAGGUGCGGCGCCGAGCCCAUUGUGGCGUCGUUGCUGGGCAACAGCAGCGAGGCGACGCGGGCGCUGCUGUCCGCCCUGCUGAACACGACAAGGCUGACGGGCGUGGCUGUGGACUUCACCCACUACCACACAGGGACGGCCGUGUUUGUGUGUGUGUCUGUGGGGCUGGAAUGGAGCCCGGCGCACGCUCUCGUCCACUCCCUCUCCGUCAGUCCUGUCCUCAUCCCUCCAUCCUCCUCAGGGCCGGGCCUGCAGGUGGUGCUCAUGGUUCUCCUUCUCCUGUGCUCUCUGCUCCUCCUCUCCCGGGAGCUGUGGGCCAUGGCUACUGAGCAUGCCCAGUACCUACGUCAAGGCUGGCACUGGCUCCAGCUCCUCCUGGCCUCGUUGUCCCUGGCAACGGCCGUGCUGCGACUGAACUUCCUGUCCCAGGCCACUUCCUGUCUGCUCCAGCUCCGGGUCCAGCCUCUCAGCUUCAUACGGCUCCACAGUGCCGCCCUGCUGGCCCGGAGUGCGUCCCAGCUGGCUGCCCUGCUGCUCACACUGUUGCUGCUCAAGCUGGUGGGCACCCUGGGGUUGGUGCAGCGCUGGGUUGUGAUUGGUCGGGUUCUCCAGAGGUCGUGGAGGGAGCUGGGGGGCGUGGCCUUGAUGCUGACCCUGCUGUUGCUGCUCUGCUCUCACACAGGACACCUGUUGUUCUGCAGCUCUGUGGAGGGCUUCGAGUCUCUGCGUGCUGCGAGUGUGUCUGUGCUGGAGCUGCUGCGGGGGGGCGUGGUCCAGAGGAGGCUGUGUGCGGCCCUGCCCCGCCUGGGAACGCUGUUCUGCCUCCUCCUGCAGGGGGCAGCACUGGGCCUGCUGGCCAGGCUGGCUGGAGCCACACUCCUCACAGCCUACAGGUGUGUGCAGGGGGAGCUGUGCUGCCCGGCCGCAGGGCUCCAGGACUACCACCUGGUGGAGUUCUUCAUCAAGAGACUCAAGCUGUGGAUGGGCCUCACCAGAACCAAGGAGUUCAGACACAGGGUGCAGUUUGAAGGCAUGGAGGCCCCGCCCUCCAGAUUCUCACAGGAGUCCCUUCUAUCCUCCUCCCUGUCCCCCAGUCCCCUCUCCUCCCCCUGUCCCUCCCCCCGCCCGUGCUACCCUCUCUCCCCCUCCCCACGUCCACCCUCCUCUUCUCUCUCCUCCCUCCUGUCCUCCUCCCCCCUCUCCGUGGGCUCUGGGUGGGGUGUGUGUGCUCCAGAUCGCCCUCCUCCCCAGGCCCCCCUGGACCGGCUGUUCCCCACCCUGGCUCUCCUGCUGGGUCGCUUCGACCAGGUCCUCCAGCUCACCCUGGACAUCCAGAGCCUGGAGGAGCGUCUGGAGGAGGCCACCGCCAGGAGGAGGAGGAGGCUUGAUGGAGGGGCAGGAGGAGAGGAAACGGAGGGAGGGGGAGUGUGGGGGCAGGUCAGAGAGAGGAGAAGUGGGAGGGUCGAGAGAGGGCUUCAUCUCCUUCCCCACAGUUCCUCCGUCUCCUUGUCCUCCUCUCCUCUCUCCGUGACCUCCUCCGUCAGUCUCUCCUCUCCUCCGCGCUCCGCCCACCUCUCCCCGCCUCGUACUCGCUGUUCCGAAUCCUCCGUGGCCCAGCCCCACCUCCACACCUCCAGGGACGCCCACCCCUCGGAGGCCGCCCAGGCUGCCCACGGGAGCUCCGUCCUGGGCUUGGGUGCGGGCCCUCCUGGGGGCCUGCCCAGACGCAGGGCCUGGCACUCUGGUAGCUCUCACUCGGCCGACGCAGUCUGGCAGGGACCUGGGGGAGGAGGAGGGAGAGAGGGAGGAAGAGGAGGUGGAGGAGGAGGGAGAGAGGGAGGAGGAGGGAGAGAGGGAGGAAGAGGAGGUGGAGGUGAUGGAGAGGGAGGAGGCGGGGGAGAGGUGGGUGGAGGGGCCCCCUCGAAGAGCAGACCCAGGAGUGAGGAGGGGGACAGGGGCCACCCCAGGGAGGGGGACAGGGGCCACCCCAGGGAGGGGUUAGGGUUAGUUAGGGAGGGGGGUCCUGUGAAGAGAAGAGCCUGGAUCUCAGAGAGAGUGGAUGUAGAGAGAGACUGAGUCAGGAGGGGGGAGGGGGAGAGAGAUGGGAAGAAAGAAGGGAUGGGAAGCGGAGACAAAAGGAAAGAGGAGAGUUAAAGAGAAAGAAAAUAGAAAGGUUGAACUGUAAAAGAAAGUCCCUGCUUUACUGUAGAUGUUGUUGACUAAAUGUGCCUGCUAAGCUAAGGAUGUUCCUGACAUCAGAGUGGAUACUAAAUGUUUGUAGGUAUUCAUUGUGUAAUUUCAAUGUAUAAUUUCAUAUAUAUACACAAAAAAAACAUUGACGUUGUAGAUGUUAUUUUUCUACAAAGUAAUAAAGAGUUUCCC